AUGUCCCAAGACGACCGUCGGAACCCACGGUUCGCGUGCCGUGAGCGUAGUCCUGGUUCUGAGGACGAGGCCAAGGCCCGGAGCUUCCACAGUGUGUCUGGGAGCUCCGUGGAAUGGCACACUCCAGUGCCAAGCGAGCGCAGGGUUGACAGCCUACACUCGUUCGCUAGUGAUCACGUUGAGCAUGGGUCAAAGACGCCUGCGCGCUCUGAGAUCCCUGCCGACAAGGCGAAGGGCUCGGCCAAUGCUGGCGGCGACGAGGGAGGGAAACCUCCGAAGAACCUCUCGCUUGCCGAGGGCCUUCAACGUGCUCAGGCUGCUAAAGCCGCAGCCGCUGAAGCCCAGCACUCAAAGAAGCGCAUGGCUUCU